ACUGAAGUAGCUGAAAUGAGAAAGAGGCAGCAGUCACAAAAUGAAGGAACAUCAGCUGUGUCUCAAGCACCUGGAAACCAAAGGCCCAACAACACAUGUUGCUUUUGUUGGUGCUGUUGCUGCAGCUGUUCAUGCCUCACUGUUAGGAAUGAAGAUAGAGGAGACAAUGCAGGAAGGCCAACACACACGACCAAAAUGGAGAGUAUCCAAGUCAUAGAAGAAUGCCAAAACCCUACUGCAGAUGAAAUUUUGUCUUGGGCUCAGAAUUUUGACAAGAUGAUGAAAACACCAGCUGGGAGGAACCUUUUCAGGGAGUUUCUUCGAACAGAGUAUAGUGAGGAGAACCUGCUUUUCUGGCUUGCGUGUGAAGAUCUAAAGAAGGAACAGAACAAGAAAGUUAUUGAAGAAAAAGCAAGACUUAUAUAUGAAGAUUACAUUUCUAUACUAUCACCAAAAGAGGUUAGUCUUGAUUCCCGGGUGAGAGAAGUGAUCAACAGAAACUUGUUGGAUCCCAGCCCUCACAUGUAUGAAGAUGCCCAACUUCAGAUAUACACUCUAAUGCACAGAGACUCUUUUCCAAGGUUUUUGAACUCUCAAAUUUAUAAGUCUCUUGUUGAAAGUAUUACAGGCUCUACUUCUGAAACUUAG